AUGGAAAAAUUAACUCAUCUGGAAGCUCUGCUCUUCACUGCUGUGCUGGAGAAUUGUGUUGACCAGCUCUCAAUUCUUGGACACAUCAUGCCAGUUUCACACGAGGGCAGGACAGACAUCAGCCAUACUGGCAGCCAGGAAAUUAAAGAAAUCCUAGAGACUGAGAAAGAGCUGGACAUCAACUACCAAGAGCUUGUGUCAGCAAGGCAAGGGAGUGGUGAAAGAGUUACCUGCCUGCCUCUGAAAAGCACUGAACACAAGCAGCAGCUGGGGAAAACUGAAGAGCUAAAAAGUACCCAUCAUCUCUCCAAGAGGGCAAUGAAACAGAGUGUUCUGUCUGUAGAGCAACUCAGAAAAAUUCAGGCUGCCAGGCAGUAUGCAAGUGAUGUAAUUACAGUCACUAUGAAAAUGAUGCAGGAAUCAGGAACAUUUAAUAGCCUAACAGAAGCUAACGAGAGAGAAAAGGCAAAAAAGAGCAAGUUUCAUGACUUCCUCAUCAGGGAGGAGGAAGGAAAGAAGGAGAUAAAGUCACUGCAGAAACAGCUGCAAGAUGUCAAGAAAGAGACAGAAAUAGAACUUCAGAACCGGGACGCUAUGAUCGACUACCUCAAAGACGAGCUCCAAGAGAUGAAGGCCAAAGCAAACACGGAGAGCUCCUACACGAAGAAAAGCACAGACCUCCAGGUCCACCAAACCCAGAAGAAGUGCAGCAACGCAGAGAGUGUCCUGGACAAGGAAAUUCAGGACUUGAGGAGGAAAACCGACGAGGAGAUUCGAAUCCACAUGGAGACGGAAAAUUUCCUCAGGCAACAGCAUAAGAAGGUGGAAGAGAAGCUGCAAUACUGGAUGGCCAAGUAUGAAAAUGACACAGACGCUAAAGACGAAGAGCUGGACGCCCUAAAAGCAUCAAAGGCAAACAACUUGGAAAGGCUGCAGAGACUGGCUGAGGAG